AUGUCGCUUGCUAAUCUUAACAAGUUGCCAACUAAAGUGAGGAUGUCUUCUUGGGGCCUCAUCGUUCAAACUGCCUACUGUUUCUGCAACAAUCAUGGAAAGUCAAGAGACCACUUGCUCCUUUCCUGUUCUUACACGGCAUCACUUUGGAGGCCGACCUUCGCUCGUCUUGACCGUCACCACACUCCCUUCAUUUCAUGGAGCAAGCUCACGUCAUGGAUCAGAGUUUCUGUUACUUCAGCGCCGUCCACCGUUAAGAAGCUGGCCACUCAAUCACUGCUAAACAACACAUGGAGACAAUGCAACUGA